AUGCAUUGUGGGUAAAAUGAUCAUCUGUGUGAAAGGGAUGAAUAGGGAAGGGAGGAGGUUCAGUGGAGAAACAGAGAGGGGCAGAGCAGGCAGGAGCGAGCCAGAGCAGACAAGAAAAUCACUACCGACACCACCAACAACAACAAUAUCGCCGCCACCACCAUCAACCACCGCGGAGACGGGCAGCAAAUAAAUCAUCAGUUGGGGGAUCUUCUGCUCACUUUCUCUGAGAUGUACACAUGAAGAGGGAAUUCGACAGCUCCACUUAAACUGCGCUCGCAUGGAGAGGUAUUGUCCCGUGGAUCGUGUGCGUGCGUGUCUGCCGUCCCGUGGACUUGUGCGCGUGUUGUGACCCAUAAGCCAGCAGCGACGGAUGGUUUUUCGGGCUUAGCUAUUCGGCACGCAAAGUGGUUCAAACAUUCGCGACACUGCGCUGCAUUCCAUCCGGCCGGUACGUUAAGGAUGAUGCGAUGAUGUUACUUACACCCGGCUCGGCUCUAAAACAAUUGCGUCGGCUUUAAGGAGCGGCGUGCCGUUGAGUGUGCGCGGGACACCUCUCUCUGUGUGUGUGUGUGCGCGCGCGUUGGUGCUCCCGAUGAUGCCGCUGGAACUGUGCCCAUUGUUGCACUUCGAGACUGCCAGAUGGCCAGGCUCGGCGCACAACAACCGAGGCAGCGGAGGAGAAUCGCAGCAAAGCGCCCCUUUGCCCUCUCUCUCUCUGGUGGCGUUCAUCGUUCCACGUGAACUUUUAGCGGACGUUCGCGCGUCCGCCCGCAAUGUUUUUAGACCGCAGCAUUCAGCAACAACUUAACGCGAAUUGGCGGACGUUCGAUGCGGUCGAUGAAUAUUUACAGCGGGCGUAGGGCCAUGCAGCUGUCAGCGCUGCUGCUGCGGCUGCUGCUGCUGCUGCUGCUGCCGCCGCCGCCGGCGGCUCUGGCGCGUCCGUCGCACUCGCCGCUGCCGCGCUCCUUCCCCGAGGCCAGCCCGCUCACUCACCUCGUGUACAGCCCCGACACGGGCGACGUCUACGUGGGCGGCACCAACCGCCUGCUGCAGCUGACGGCGCUGCUCGCCGACAAGGCGGAGGCGGUGACCGGGCCCGUGCCCGACAGUCUCGAGUGCCUGCCGCCCUUCCCGGACGUGUGCGAGGUGCGCGAGGCGGACGACGCCGUCGCUCUGCUGGCGCUGGACGCGGCGCGGGGCCGCGUGGUGGCGUGCGGCAGCGUGCACCACGGCACCUGCUCGGAGCGCGACGCGGCCAACGUCAGCCGCGUGCUGUACCGCGCCGACGCGCCCACCUCGCUGCAGGCCGUCGUGUCGGGCGCCGAGGCCGCGGUGGGCUUCGUGGCGCGCGCCGGCGAGCGCGACAUGCUCUUCGUGGGCACCGCGGGCGGCCGGCAGAAGCUGAAGCCGCUCUCCAUCCGCUUCCUGCCGCCGGCGGGUGGCGCGGGCCCCGGCGUGGGCGACCCGUUCACCCACGACGACGAGUACUACCUGCGCGGGGAGUACUCGCAGUUCGACCACAGCUUCGUGGCGGCGUUCGAGGCCGGCCACUUCGCCUACUUCGUGUUCCAGCGCAAGGAGCCGCGGUUCGCGCGCGGUGACCCGCGCACCUUCGUGGGCCGCUUCUGCAAGCGGGACCUCAACUUCCUGUCGUACGUAGAGGUGCCGCUCGCGUGCGACGCCUCCGGCCCGCCCGGCGAGCCGGGCUCCGGGCGGCAGCACGUGCUCGCUCGCGCGGCGUCGCUCGGCCGCCUGGGCUCGGAGAUCGCGUCCGGGGCGUCCGGGGCGGCCGGCGAGCAGGCGCUGUUCGUGGCCUUCGCCGACGAGGCGGCGUCGCCGGGCGCCGCGACGGCGUCGUCGCUGUGCGCGUUCGCCGUGCCGCGCAUCAACGAGGCCGUGGAGAAGGCGCGCGAGGCGUGCUACCGCGGGGAGGACGCCUCCGCCUACGUGGAAUACGUCAGCUCGCUCGUGUGCACCAACAGUCACGUCUCCAGUGGGCAAGCGGCGGAGUGCGGCGUCGACCACCUGCCCAACCCCAUCGUGGGCCGCCAGACGCUGGUGUCGCCGGCGCUGGCCGUGUUCCCCGACGUCCACCUCACGGCCGUCGCCACCACCCUCGUCGAGCAGCGGUGGACGAUCGCCUUCGUGGGAGACUCCACGGGGCGGCUCGUGAAGGCAUUUCUACGCGGAGCCGACAAACCCCUUGGCAACUGGACUCUUCACCAGGCCGAGUCGGCCAUUAACAGAGACCUGGUGUUCGAUGGUACACAAGAAAACCUCUACGUCAUGUCUGAGAGCCAGGUGGCCAGGGUCCCGGUCUCGGACUGCGGCCGCCACAGAUCGUGCGCCGGGUGCGUCGCUACCGGAGAUCCGUACUGCGGGUGGUGCGUGCUGCACGGGAAGUGCGCCGGGCGUGCGGAGUGCCCCGACGCGGACGUGCAGGAGGCGUGGCUGUGGAGCCCCCGCGGGGAGUGCCCGGCCGUGAGCGGCGUGUCGCCGCACAGCGUGAGCCGCCAGCAUCCCCAGCAGGUGACGCUGACGGUCGCCCACCUGGUGGAGGUGACCAACUCCGAAUCUCUGCGCUGCCAAGCCGAGGGCCACUCCACCCCAGCCACGAUCGCCGGGAAUCUUGUGCGCUGCCAGAGUCCGUCUCCCGACCUCCUGCCGUGGAACGGGAAAGACCACGUGGAGGUGGAGGUUGCCGUGAGGCAUGGAGACAUCACGUUGGUGACGGCUCGGCUGCUCGUGUUUGACUGCUCGGCCCUGGCGCGGCUCAACCCCCGAGCGCCUUGUGCUGCGUGUUCUGGGAGCCCCUGGCCAUGCAACUGGUGUGUGGAGGAACAGACGUGUACCAGCGGAGCUUGCAGCCAAGGAGACAUCAUCCGCAAUCAACGUGAGAGCAGUGAUUCUGAUCUCGACAUGAAAGGCCCGCAAGCCUGCCCUCGCCUUGAGGCGCUGGUGAAGCCUUCCCUGGUCCUGGCAGGGCGGCCGUGGAAGUUGUCUCUCCUCGCCAAGCGACUGGGCCUCCUCAAGGUGGCGACCUUCGAGUGCGCUGUCGCCACCGACCUGGGAGUCGUCGUCUCGCCGGCCGUAGUGGAGAAGGUGGAAAAGGACACGUGGGCUUUGAGCUGCUCGGGAACGUUCGACUAUGGCAGUGAUUCCGAGGAGCUGGAGGCACCCAUCUCUGUACGCUGGUCAAGCGACCCGCAGAAGUCCAUCGAUGCCCUCGCCAACCUGACGCUGUACAAGUGCGGGGUUGGCAGGAGCGACUGCAGCCUGUGCCAGGCGGUGGCGCAGGAACGCGCGUGCGUGUGGUGCGGGGAGCCGGCCGCCUGCACCUUCAAGGAUGACUGCGGCGCUCCCUCGCAGGAUGUGUGCCCGGCCCCCACCAUCACACGGGUGGAGCCAACCUCGGGCCCACGUGAAGGAGGGACGCGGGUGACAAUCUCCGGGGUCAACCUGGGAAAGGACGUCUCCGACGUGGAGGCUGUGAGCGUCGGUGGCGCUGCCUGCACCAUCCUGCCCCAGUUCUACCAGGUGUCCGUCAGGAUCGUGUGCGAAACGGGCCCUCUGCCGGACUUGGGGCCCGUUGACGUUGGGGUGACGGUGAAGGGCAAGGAGGCCGCGUCACUCCCACAGGCCUUCACGUACACGGACCCACAGCUGAGCGAAAUGAGCCCUGCAUGGGGCCCCGUGUCUGGAGGAACGAGAGUCACCAUUCACGGGCAGCACUUGGACACCGGCCACGAAGUCGAUGUGUUUCUGGGAACCGCUCCCUGCAGGCUGGAGAGGUGGCAGGGCGGGCAGCUCGUGUGCGUGACGGGCGCAGCCCCGGAUCCGGGUCGGGUGACGGUGCGCGUUGAGUUUGGUCCCAGGGCGGAGAGGAUGCUGCUGGAGCCGUUUCAGUACUGGCCGGACCCCGUGGUCGUGUCCUUGUCUCCGCUGGAGAGCUUCUACAGUGGUGGCCGCAAUAUCACGGUGUUGGGGGAGCGGCUGGACUCGGUGCAGAGCGCGCGUAUGUUCGUGCGCGUGCGUGGGUCCGGUGCCUCCUCGGCCUCCGGCGUCCCCGCGGCCCGCGUGCCACGAGCCCAGCCCGCCACGAGCAGCGAGCCCCCGUACGGCCGCUGCACGGUGCAGGCGGAGAACCGCAUGCUGUGCCUCUCCCCGGACGUCCGGGCCGCCCUGACCGCCGGCGGCGGCGGCGACGGCGGCGACGGCGGCGACGGCGGCAACGCGGGCCGCGCGACCUCCACGCCCGCAAAGCUGCAGGCCGACGUGCUCAUCCGCAUGGACGGGCUGGUGCUGUCCCCGCGCGACGGGAAGCCCUUCCGUUACUUCCCCGACGCCGAGAUCUUCCCGUUGAACCGAGACAGCCCCGACUCGCCGUUCCGCCACAAGCCGGGCAGCCUCAUCACCGUGGAGGGACAUGAACUGGACCGGGCGUUAGGCCAGGGCGAGGUGAGGGCCUUCCUCGGUUCGGCCGAGUGCGUCAUCAAGACCCUGUCUAUGCAGCACCUCUACUGCCAGCCGCCAGCUCAGCCACCGGACGGACAGGAGCCCGCUCAGUUCCGGGUGGUGAUGGGAAACCGCGAGUACCACCUGGGCGCCGUGGAGUACGAGACGGACUCGGGCGUCGUCUUCCCACUCGAGGCGCAGAUCGCGGCGGGCGCUGGCUCGGGGAUCGUGGCUCUUCUCGUCAUCAUCGUCAUUGUCGUCUACAGGAGGAAGAGCAAAAAGGCCCUGCGUGACUACAGGAAGGUGCAGAACCAGCUGGAGGACCUGGAGAUCAGUGUGCGCGAUCAGUGCAAGAAGCAGUUCUCCGACCUGAUGACGGACAUGGAAGACAUGUCGAGCGACCUGGUGGUGACAGGCAUCCCCUUCCUCGAGUACCGCACCUAUCGCGAGCGCAUCUUCUUCCCGGGCCAGGAGGCGCCCCUGGCAAAGAGUCUGUCUGUGGCGGAUUCGCGCCGAGCCACCAUGGAGCAGGGCCUCUUCCACCUCUCGAACCUCCUCAACAGCAAGCUCUUCCUCACCACGAUGAUCCACACGCUGGAGGGACAACCCAAGUUCUCGGCGCGGGACCGUGGCUGCGUGGCGUCGCUGCUCACGGUAGCGCUGCAGGACAAGCUGGAGUACUACACGGACAUCCUCAAGACGCUGCUGGGAGACCUGGUGGGGCAGUAUGUGGCCAAGAACCCCAAGCUCAUGCUGCGCAGGACGGAGACGGUGGCAGAGAAGAUGUUGACAAACUGGAUGUCUGUGUGCCUCUACAAAUUCCUCAAGGACACGGCGGGCGAGCCCCUGUUCAUGCUGUUCCGCGCCAUCAAGCAGCAGGUGGAGAAGGGCCCCGUGGAUGGCGUCCUGCGCAAGGCCAAGUACUCGCUGAAUGACACCCGCCUACUCGGCGAGGACGUCGACUACCAGAGUCUGGUGAUUAACGCGACGGUGGAGAACUCGGGGGAGGAGGGUCCCGUCAUCGUGCGGGUUCUGGACUGCGACUCCAUCGGCCAGGUGAAGGACAAGAUCCUGGACCAGGUGUACCGCAACGUGCCGUACUCGCAGCGGCCCAGCGUCGACACCGUGGAGCUCGAGUGGCGGAGCACGUUCGCCGGGCAGUUCACGCUGUCGGAUGAGGACCUGACAUCGGUGGUGCAGGGACGCUGGCUGCGCAUCAACACCCUGCGGCACUACCGGAUCCAGGAGGGAGCACGCAUGUUCCUCGUCCCACGCUCGCUGGAAAACCGGGCUUGCCCACAGCCUCACCGCGACCUCACAGCCGGCGCACGCUCGAGCUGCCCGUCGGAUCGAGACGACGAGGACGGCGUGAGGAGGUGGCACCUCGUCAAGGCCACAGAGGAGCCCGAGAUCCAUGCCGGGCGACGCAAGGGUAGCAUCCGUGACCGCGCGCAGACCAAGGUCAUCCCAGAGAUCUACCUGAUGCGGCUUCUCUCCAUGAAGAGCAUCCUGCAGAACUUCGUGGACGACCUCUUCACGGUGGUGCUGAGCGCACGGGGCGCCGUCCCUGUCGCCGUCAAGUACUUCUUCGACUUCCUCGACGAGCAGGCGGAGAGGCACGGCAUCACCGACGCCGAGACCCUGCACAUCUGGAAGACGAACAGCCUCCCGCUGAGGUUCUGGGUGAACAUCCUGAAGAACCCUCAGUUCGUGUUCGACGUGCACGUGUCGGACAUCACAGACUCGGCGCUCACCGUGAUCGCCCAGACCUUCAUGGAUUCGUGCACGACCGUCGAGCAGAAGCUUGGAAGGGAUUCGCCAAUCAACAAGCUGCUGUACGCAAGGGAAAUCCCACGGUACAAGAAGAUGGUGGAAAAGUACUAUGCCGACGUGCGGCAGAUGUCCCCCGUCAGCGAUCAGGAAAUGAACGCUUUCCUCGCCGAGGAGUCGAGGAACAACGGAGGAGAGCUGAACACAAUGGUGGCCUUGCACGAGCUGUACAAGUACAUCAUCAAGUACUACGACCAGCUCAUCACGGCGCUGGAGGAGGAUCCCGUCGCGCAGAAGAUGCAGCUGUCCUACCGUCUGCAGCAGGUGGCAGCUGCCCUGGAGAACAAGGUCACAGAUCUGUGAGCCCCGCGGCAAUCGUUUAGGCUGCGACCCUUGACCCGGGGUCUCUGGGGCUCAGCGUUGCUAACCCUCGCCACGACAAGUGGACCUGGACCACCGUUGUCGCUCGUGUUCUACACAUCCCAAGAUCGUCGAUGAAAUCGGCGGUCUUGCCAUCGACCCGUGCGCAAGAGCUCUGUCGGCCGUGGAAAAAAACUUUUCUGUGGAGCGGAGGGAAGCUGUGUACAAGUACAGUACUGUGAUUGUCCAAGUGUGAAGUGUGUAUCGUGUGUGUGUAAUGCUGUGUAGAUGAUGUCUUAGUUUACAGAGCAGUUCAUUAGUUUAUAUUGUGUGUGUGGGCCGACGUGUGUGGCGUGAUUAGGAAGUGGUAUCGUAGUGAUUAGCACACUGCAGCAUUUCCAGUGUUCCAGGUUCAAUUUCAAGCUAUGAACAACACAAGUUGGAAGUGGGAAUUGAACCUGGAUUUGUCCUCCCCUAGGUUAGCUCAGCCUAAAAUGAGUACCUGGAGCAGUGUAAUCAAUAGCACUAGGGGAACAAUUGAGGCUGGAAGUGCUGCUAGCUUUGCUGUCCUUAAUGUGCUCGCUAACAGCACUUGCCCCAACAGUCUAAAAGGCUAAAUGGGGGACACCUAGUUUGUGUGUAUAUAUAUUUAGCACCGAUGGGGUUAUAUAUUGUGUACUUAGUGUAUGUGUACCACAUGCAUUAUAUAUACAUAUUUAAGUAUAUACAGUACGAACAUUCUAUAUACACUUCCAAUUACUUUAGCAAUAAAUGUGCGUGUGUGUGUGACACUGAAACUUAAUGCAUUUAUGUACAUAUGUCCUCCAAAACAGUAAGGCAUAGUGCUGCAAACACACCCUUCCCUUCACCAAAUACAAACGUCACUUAAGGCUGUGCUUCCACAUAAUGUAAGGUCCUGGCAGAAAUAUCGUAAGUUAGAUCUAUGAUUGUUCAGUAUAAUGCAUUCCAUGUUGUUGAACUACAGGAAUAUUCCUUUUUCCACUGGCACAUCCGAGACCGCGCCAUACAGAGCCAGCCGAGCACGGGUCAGGAGGCAGGCUUUUCCACUGCAGAAGCCGAGCCAUGCCGCUGACAUGGCACGCAGCGUGUAACAUCGAGACGGGUGACACGCCGACGCCGUGUUUGAGUUGACUUGCGCGCAGAUAUACAUACUCGCACACUGUUCAAUGCUCCAAGGCUCUGGACUGCUGGAUGGUAUUUUAUUGAUUUUCUUUAAGUGGUGAUGUUAUAUGCAUUGCACAUGUCAUUAGCACUGCCACCUGUGAGGGCCCUGCACUGGCUCGGCUCAGAUUUGCCAGUGUAAAAGGGGUACAAGUGGUAAAUCAAAACUGGGUACCUGGGCGCUUCCUCGGUUUAAGAUGCUUUCUCGCAAGAAUCCGAGCUUGUGUUGUUGCUCAUGUGUUGAUUGCGCAAUGCAGUUGUAGGCACCGAUGAAGAAUCUUAAAGCAAAAUCAAAGCUUGCAGGGAGGAACUAAACGGAGAUGCAAUGCUGACUAAAUUGCCUUAUUUUUGUUGUAUGAUUUUAAUUUUCUUUUUAUGGGAUUUAAUAAAUGUUUAAAAGUGUGGGACGACAGUAUCGAGUUAUGAAAGCAAUUAUAAUGGAGUGGGGAUUGUAGGUGUGCAGAACUUAAGGAGGUUUAAACACCCAGCAGUAAAUGGGAACAGCUGGCAAUGACUAAUUUAAAAAUAAGCACAACCCUUUACAGGGACUCUGUCUAAACAGAUGAGAACUCAAAAGCUCAUUUAUUAUAGAUAGCCAAGUAUAGGGUUAAGUUUUGGAUUUAAACAAAAUGGUAUUCCUAGUUGAUCAUUUGUAUUUCAGUAAUAAUUUAAUGUAUCUUCAUGCAAAGGUGAUGUUACCUAAUGCUACGUAACACCACUUUGGUGGAAAAGUAUGUAAUUUUACAUUUUGGAUUUAAAAACAAUAAUUUAGAUCAUCAAAACUUUUAUAUCUAGGCUCAAUUUUGAUAAUUUUCUGAUUCAUCUAAGAGAAUCUCUAGCCCAGUGGUCAUGCUUGCGACUGGGCAAAUUUGGCCAACGUGUUUGCCAUCUCCUGGUGAUUUUUAAAGGGAUUUCAGGAAAAACUCUGUCCUAAAACAGAACUUUAAAGACCUUGAGCAUUAAUUCGUAGAAGAUUAUCGUAGCAUAAAGGUUAAAUUUGAAAAUUACCGAUAUCUUAAUUACAAACACUCCUGUAGAUGAUGCCGUGGUAUCCCUGUCUCCUGUGUAAAAGAUACAUUUUAAUGGGCAUUCAGGUAAAGAUUAUUCAUAUUUCAGCCCUGCAACGUUGAGACCUCAAAACUCUAUAAAAAGAUUGGUAAUAUUGGGUUUUCAGGAAUUGUUUUCUUCUUUUGGUAAAACACUACCACUUAUCCAAGUGCCUUCGCUGGUGGAUUCUUUUUCAGGGCUGGUUAGGCAAAGUUAAUUCUGCAAUAGUCAGUUUCAUGAGAGAAAAAAAUCAUGUUGCUUGGAGCAUUAAUUGCAUGCGUUUACCUGUCCAACCAACAGUAGAAGUGGAUAUGCCAGUUUGGUCAAAUAAGCAGACCGCAUGUGGUGGAGUCUGUUGUGGGUACCCCCACCUCUUCCAAGAUGCAUGUCGAGUAUAUAAGAGUCGGCCAAAACUACCCAUUGGCGUGGAGCUCUGGAGCAUCCUCUGGUGGAGGACCUUCUGCAAGUCGUGGUGUGAGCAAAGAAUUGCAGGGCUGCACCUUUCACAUUUACCCCCUUUUGGACUCGACUAUUUAGGAAAAACGCCGGAAACACGGCGAUGUCUUCCUGCAACUGCUGUGUACGAUGACCUGAAGGAAACUACAUGGCAGGAUCAGCACAUUUCCUUCGGUGAAACCCGAAGAGGGAUGGGGGGGGGGCAGCACACAUUGGAGUUGGGGCCCACUGGGAAUGUGAUUGUGGUCAUGCUGAUCGUCGAGUCGCAAUCCGUUGUCUGCCUAUCGGGUACCAACGUAAUAUUACCCCUAGCUUGUGGUGUGUUGUAGCUUAAAGUAAAAACGUUGCUUCCAAUACAUAUAUUCACGUUUAUUUUUCCGUGUUGUGGUGUACGCAACGUACAGUCCUGUACACUCGACCCGUGCCACUGCCGAGGUGGCUGGAGACUGUUUGGAAAGGGGGGCUAGUGCGGAAAAUUAAACACAUGCAGGUUCUCAUAUUAAAGCGUUAAUGGAGGGCUACGGUGAUGUAACCUUGCGUAUGAGCAGCCCCUUUACACAGCCCUGUGGUACUGCCCUAAGUGACCAAUUAAAGCACUAGGUUUGUGUACGUGUUGCAGUCUCCCUAUAUUUAUGCCGCCAACUUGGUUGAAGAAACCAAGAAAGGGAUUUAUAGCGAAGUUAACCUUUCCCUACGCAAAAUUCAGGUAAGAAUACCUAUUCAGGCAAGAAAGCCUAGGCUAGCAAUAUGUUGGCGAGUCCCUUAUGUUUUCUUUUUUAAACCAGGAUGUUUCCAAUAUAAUAAACAAUAUUAAGUUCCAUUAUUUUUUUCUUUUGCAUACGGUGUUUAUUAGCAAUGCUGAAUGCAGUCAUUUUCAUCUCCGAAAUAUUUUUGUACAUAUAUUUUGUAUUUAAAGUAAAUAGAAAUUGUUUUGUUUUUAUAUAUAAUGAUUUGUACAGAGAGAAUAGAUCCAGAUAAAUAAAAACGUUUUAUGAGCUUUGUGAACACACAAAUCCAAAGUGUCCAAUAAACACAUUUUGCGGCAA